CUUGCGAGGAAAAAGGUGCAUACGAAGAAGAGAGGUAGAAAUAGAGACGGUACUAUCACUCGAAUUCAAGCACAGGUGCGUGAAGCGGCCGCCGAUACCCCCAAAGCCGACGAAACUCCAUACAACACGCAGUCUCAUUUAACAUUAUUCGAACCCCCUCAAGGUGAACAAUAUUUUUUCCCUCGCCCCUUUUCGCAAGCACAAGAUGGUUCUGGAUUCUGGGUGAAAGAUGGAUGA